UGCUCAUCAUGCGCCAUGCGAUUCUUGGUUACGUGAUGACGUGAUCUGAAAGAUUUCCAGUGGAACUCGGAAGAGAAGCGACUGUUGUAUUCUAAAUCAAGAGAUAGAAAUGAAAUCGAAGAUCUAGACCCCUGGCUGCCAUGGAGUCUGAGGGGAAUGUGCUCCGCGUGGACUUCCCAAACUUCUCUGGAACCAUGCUGCAGAAGCUCAACCAGCAGCGGCAGAGGGGCCAGCUCUGUGACAUCAUCGUAGUCAUCCAGGGACACCAGUACCGUGCUCACCGGGCCAUCUUGGCUGCCAGUUCGCCCUACUUCUGCGACCAAGUGCUCCUUAAAAACAGUGCCCGCUGCGUUUUACCUGACGUCAUGCACCCGUGCGUGUUCGAACGUCUCCUCCUCUCUUGCUACACGGGCACCCUGCACCUACCUGCCGGCGAGGUGGUAGCUUUCCUCACGGCAGCUAGCUUCCUCCAGAUGUGGCACGUGGUGGACAAAUGCACUGAGCUCUUAGAGGUGGUAGGAAGCGGUGCUAGCACAUUAGUGCACAAGUCUUCUGGUGGGCUCAGGGACAGGCCUUUCCCUGGGGACAGUAGCUACCACAGCCCCGGGGACGGCUCCAUGGGCCUGGAGGAUGGUGGAGGAGGAGGAGCAGUAGAGGGCUUUGCCAAAACGGAGAUGGACCAACUCCUGGAGAACAGCUUCUCCCCUCCCACUCUGGAGAACAACAGCACCCAGCCCAGCGGAAGCUGCUCGCCACCGGUCGACCACGAUGGCUCAGGUAGUGAGGUCGCCAGCCAGGAUGGGGACGUUGAAGAGGGUGGCGAGGGGGACUACCAGUACUCCAGACCUGCCUAUGUCCCACCCAGUAUCAUGGGCCACAGGAAAUGGGUCCACGUAAAGUCAGAAAGGCGCGCAGAUUGCAAGGGUGAUGGGGCCCUCUUUAGCGGGGACCCUGCGGUCACUGACCCUGAGCAGCUGAAACUUACCCACUCCCAGGCCUCAGCCAGCAGAAGCUCCCUGGACCACGGCAUUGAUGAGAAACCGGUGGCUCAGCUGGAGGAGAGCCUGGAGGAGGAUCCUCUGGACUUCUACGGUACCUCCAUAGAGGGCUUCUCCACCGACAAGGCCGACGGGACACCGCUUGGACUGAAAGAUGACCUGCUAGAAGGGGCAACCGGAGUUGAGGAGAGUGGUGGUGGAGGAGAAGGAACCCCUGGUGGCCUCCAGGAAGAGACCUCCCACUCGGGCUUCGCCUCAGUGGUCUACAAGCUGUACCCCUGCCAGUGUGGCAAGAGCUUCACUCACAAGAGCCAGCGGGACCGGCACAUGAGCAUGCACCUGGGCUUGCGGCCGUACGGCUGCGCUGUGUGUGGCAAAAGUUUCAAGAUGAAACACCACCUGGUCGGCCACAUGAAAAUUCACACGGGCGUCAAGCCCUACGAGUGCAGCCUGUGUGCCAAGCGCUUCAUGUGGCGGGACAGCUUCAACAGACACACGUCCUCCUGCACCAGGGUCCAUCAGGCCCGGUGCGCCGUCAACGAGCAGGCCGCCCAGAUCUGCUGAUCUCAGAUGUUAUUUCCAAACCACCAUUCACCUCGUCCCCCCCCCCACCACUAUCCCAUAUCAGUUUCACUGAAUAGGUUGCUCAGAUGUGCCUGUCCCGGGAUCAGAUUAAGACAGUGCAGCUUGGAUGACCACCUUCCAAUCAGUUUAGCUGGAUUUAGAAUUAUAUAUCCGAGCAGCGGCCUGAGCCACCGACGCAUCACAUAUAACUGAUCCAAGAUCAGAAUCCUGGAAAGCUUUGUAGUCUAGUCAGGUCUGCUUGUGUGGAAUCAGAACCUUAGGUCCUGCGGUGUGUGGACUGCUAUACAGGGCAUUCUGAAAGUAUUCAGACCCCUUGACUUUUUCCUAAUUAUGUUACGCUUCAGUCUUAUUCUAAAGUGUGUUAAAUUGUUUUUUUUUAUUCCCCUUAUCAACUUACACACAAGACCCCAUAAUGACAAAGCAAAAACAGGUUUUUGCUCAUUUAUUAAAAAUAAAACACGUAAAUAUCACAUUUCCAUAAGUA